AUAAAGGUGACGAAAAAAUAUGGCGAGACUUUAAUAAGCGCAGGUAAGGCGCAUGCGAGGAGCUGACAUGGCCGCAGCUGAUGUGAAAAAGGUUUUGCAAUUAAAACAUCAGCUGAGAGAAUCCUGUGAAGGACACACGCUACUGAAAAUCUUGAAGAAACUUGAAGUAUUGGACAUUACACUUGAAAUUCUUGCUGAAACAGGAAUUGGAAAAGUCGUCAACUCCUUUCGAAAGCAUGAUGAGGCAGGAAAGGUGGCAAAAAUAUUGGUUAAUCGAUGGAAAACGCUUGUUCCAAAAGACUCUAUAAGUUCGAGUGGGGGAAAGCCUGAUGACUGCCCAACCCAAAACGAACAGCUUAAUAAAGACGUUCAAGAAAGGAGUAAACAUGAAAACAGCCAGCUUUCAGAGACUACCAAUUCUAGGAAGAAGCCAAAAGUUGAGAAUACCAGUACUGAAAAGAACUCACAGAAUGUUGACAUUAAAUGCAAAAUCAAGUCCAGUAAAUCCAAAAUCUGCUUGAAUGGUGAAAAAAAGGGUGAGCCAAAAAAAGAUUCAAGUGUAAAUCAGGACUCGUGGAGACAUGGCAAGGAAAAGACAAGUGGUGAGCACACAAACCAUGAAAGCAAAAAGACUGACAAGGUUUCUGGCAAAACAAAAAAACAGGAGAAUACGAAGCAUGAAAAAUCUUUGAAAAGACCUGAAGCAACGCAAAAGCAAAAAGAGAAGAGUGGAGAUGCAUGCAAGAAAAAAAAGAUGGAGAAGGCCACAGACAAAGUAGUAGCAAUGGAGACUGACAAACCGGCGGAGGAUGGCUGUGAAACGCCUUCCAUGUCCUUCGAGGCCUACCUGAGCUAUGACCUUGAGCCUCCCAAACGCAAGAAAUCCUUCAGUGUUGCUAAGAACCCGAAGAGACUUAAAACUGCCCACAAAGAGAACUCUGGUGUGUCUCUUGUGAAGACAAGCAAAGCAGUAACAGAAGACCCAAUGAUAACGCUUCCUGAGCAGUCAGUGAUGGACUUGCUAAACAUUCCUUUGCCAACCAGUUUUCCCGAAUGCGAGGAUGUUUCUCAGUAUCAGUACUUCAGUGAAAAGAAAGUGGAUAGAAAGGUCAUUGAUGUUUGUGAAGAGGCCCCGGGCUUCACUGGACAAAGGCUGAAGAAUAAGAUGCAAGUGUACUCUGGUAGUAAGAUGGCGUACCUGCCCACCAUGAUGACGCUGUACCAGCAAUGCAUUCGAGCGCUGCAGAACAACAUCGACUCUCUCUAUGAAAUUGGAGGUGUGCCAUUUGAGAUCUUGGAGCCAGUACUAGAGCGCUGCACGCCUGAACAGCUGCUCCGGAUUGAGGAGUGUAAUCCAGUGUACAUUGGGGUGACGGACCACCUGUGGGAGAGACACUGCCAGAAAGACUUCAGAAACGCCCAGCUGGAGGAGUACGAAUCCUGGAGAGAGAUGUACCUCCGCAUGUCCAAGGAGAGGGAGAGAAAACUGAAGCAACUCACAAAGAGCAUCGUCUCCGCUCACUCCGGGAAGCCAAAAGGCAGGCAGGUGAAAAUGGCGUUUAUUCACUCAGCUGCUAAGCCACCUAGAAAUGUGAGAAUCCAACAGGAGAUUCACGGCACGGCCGGCCCCGUGACACUACCUCACCCAACAGACAGAGCCAGUGUCAUGCUAGUCACUGUGCGGAUGAAUAUCAUUCAAAGAAAAUCUGCCACUCCACUCCACAGUAGUGUGAAACCCAGUGAGAAUCGGGGAAGAUCCGGCUUCAGUGAGCCUUCAAAACCCUCCACUAACAACUCUGGCCAAGCCCAAGACCCCCGAAAGAUUAAAAGAGUGGCGCCCAUGAUGGCAAAGUCCCUAAAGGCCUUUAAAAAACAGCUUAGUCGCAGAUGAAUGUAGCAGAUAAUACUGAAAGUAUAUCAUUCCUCACCCACCCUUAUUGUCUAAACAGUUUGGAGUCUUUUUUUUUUUUUCUUUUUUUUUCCCCCAAUGCAAUUUGUAAUUCCACAAUAUGCUUACAGUAUUGAUGAAAUAUGAUCAACUUUGUACUUAUUUGUAUGAACAAUAAUUGCACUUUGAAAUCAAGCUGUCUCUUUGUAUUAUUAUUAUUAUUAUUAUUAUUUUCAAUCAUGACAGACACAGUUUGAAUUCUGAAAUUAAAACUAUAAAUAA